CGUUUACUCGGGUCCUACCAAUCCUUGUGUGCACGCCGUCCUUUGCUCACGAAAGCGAUAUCGGCCGCAGUCAUCGGCGGGGUCGGAGACUUGUUGGCACAAAUUUUGGAGCGCGUUUCACUGUUCACCUUUACGAUUCAAUGGUACCGAUUGGCUGUCUUUGUGAUGACGGAGUUUCUUUUUGACGGGCCCUUUCUGCAUUUUUGGUACGAAUUUAUCUACAAGAUUGGGCAAUGGUUCGAGACCAAGUUUGGCUUGUCCCCGCGCAGUAGGCUCAAGACGCUUUUUCAAUUUUCGGUGGACCAAACUCUGGGAGUGGCGAUCUAUUAUCCGGCAUAUUUUUACGCGUACGAAAUAGUGGAAAUUCCCAGUUUGGUCCGCGCGACAGCGAAAUGUCGUGACCAGCUAGGACCCAUAAUCCGCUCGCAAUAUGUUCUGUGGCCGGCCGUUAGUUGGAUGAUUUUCCGACACGUUCCCGAACGACUCAAAACGUUGGCCAACAACGUUGUGGCCGUCGUUUGGAAUACGUAU